CCGCAAACCCAAAGUAGGUACAUUUUAGUUGAGCUAGCUGGAUAUUUGUAUUUAAAAAUUUACUAAAAAUUGUUCAAUGAAGAAGUGAAAAGUGAAAAGUGAAAAGGAUGCAAAUAGGAUACCCAUUUUGGCUGUGAUUUGGAUUUUACAUAUCAAAUAGGUUUUAUUGUGUUACCUCUUGUGUUGUUGUUUUGGGUUAACCAUUUUUGUUACCAACUAGAUCUACCAUUUCACUAUGCCUGCCGUCAAUUGGAUUGUUGAACCUGUUUUCUUGAGCAGAAAACCUUUACCUCCGGAUAAGGAAUUAGAUGAAUUAGAAGCCAUUGCCAAUAAUACGCUUGUUGCAUUGAUUAAACAAUUGUCCUGCCUAGCCUUCAUCUCUAACACCAUUUUUAAUGAACUGUCAGCCGAAGUUGACUCUAUCAACAAAAAAACAGAACGUCUUAAGGGUAAAAUAAUCAACUGUCAUACGAUUGUUAAAAAUCUUAAUCACAGAGCAGUUAAAGUUCCUCUUGGUUCAAUCAACGACUUCAUGAGGAUAACUGACCAUUUCAAAGCAAAUCGAGAGAUUACAACAAAUAUAUUUUCACCAGAUAAACGAGCACCAUGUAUAAAAUAUGCCUACGAGAAAGCAUCGAUUUCACCUUUAAACCAAUUCAAAUUGGAAGAUUACAAAUAUCACAACAGUUAUCUUUGUUCACCAUUUUUUGCGGAUACGAAAAAGAAAGCAGAAAUCCUAGAGAUUGAACAGCAAAAGCCUGAAAAAUUGGCUCGAGCUGCCAAAUUACCAAGGAACGCGUUAAUUGAAAAAUUUAAGACUCCAAUUACAGUGACCUCAAGAAACAGUCAUCAGGAAAACAAUUCAACCAAUGGAUUUGACGAGGCUGAUAGUGAUUCAAUCUACAGAUUACCAUCACCAGAUGAAGUAACUGAAGCUUUAGCUCAAGAAUAUCCCGCCUCAUUUAUACCAAUUGAUGUUUCCAGUUUUCAAAGGAUGUCCAGUUUCCGUAGAUCACUUAUUCAUGGGGAUCAAGAAAUUCCUCGCCGACGAAUCUCAUCUCGUGGUAAACGCACCAAGCGACGUAAUACUAUUCAUGAAACUAAUAAAUCAGCAACAACUGAACGACCAUCACCAUCUAAAUAUAAAUUACGUGAAAGGCGAAACUCAGAUCCAUCAUCUUUAAAUCAAAUUGAUGAAAGCUGUCAAACUGAGAGAACCAUUGAAGCUAUUUACUCAACUGGACGAAUAGUUAACCUGAAAGAAGCAAAAAGACGUUCUUUUGGUGGAACUAAACUUGAGUGUAGAGCAGAGGUUCAUCGGGAAGACGAUCGAAGUGACAUUUUCAGUGGAUCUGUGAUAACUGUUAAAUCAAUUGGUAGCUCUAGUUUAAUUGAGCCCAACUCUUCCACUUCACGUAGUAAUAGCAAUAGUAUUGGUGUGGGUCGAUCCCCUAACUCUGUACAUGAUCCUAGUUCAUCAAGUUUAUUAACAACCAGUGAUGUUUCCGGUACAAGUGGAACCACUGUAGUAGAGAAAAAGUCUUCCACCCAAUUACCUUCCGCUGUUGAAGUGAAAAGUUACCUUUCAUCAAACGGAAUUAAAAUGAGAGACGGACCAUCAGCCAAAGGUCCAGGAGAUGAUGGAAGAUCAUCAAGUGGUAAUUGGUCGGCUUCUAGUUCAACUCAUGCUUCAGUUGAUUCUGAUCAUGUUUCUUCGGGUAAAUGUAAUAUUGGAGUUUGUAGGCGCAAUCAACGAGGGCAAGAAAAUUGUCCACCGCCAGGAUCUCCUUCUGGAUCAUCUCUUGGUAAAGAUUCCGUUCUCUCGGAGAGUUUAACCUUAACCACACAACAAGAUACUGACCGUGGAUGUUAUAUGGCAGCUGAUUCAAAUGGAUAUGUGUCUGAUACUUCGGCUAUCUCAUCUUCAUAUGCCAUGAGUCGUCUUUCUGGUUUAGAAAAAAGUAGAGAAGAUCCACAAUAUAGUGCAAUAUGCGGUGAAGCCGUAAUAAAACGAUCAACAAAGUCAGGUUUACCUACAGCUUCAACACGAACUGAGCUUAAUGGUCGGUCAAUUCGGUUUGCCAAUCGUGAUUCCGAGUCUUGGUUGAAAUAUUUCGAUGGAUCUACCGAAACAUUAACGCCAGAUAUUACCAAUGACCGUCAGAUGAAUAUGAAUACCAAUGGAUCUAAAAAUAGAUAUGACAUGCAUAAACAAAACUCUAAAUUACUGUCACCGAUGAGUCCCUCAAACUCGGAAUCUUCCCAUUCUCACCAUCACCCGCACCAUCAUCGUUCAAUCAUUAAUCACCAACGUGGAACAGAUUUCCUUCACAUUGACGAUGAAGUUGAAUCAGUUUAUUCAGUUGAUACUGAUGGCUAUUACACCUCUAUGCAUACUGACAGUGGACUUUUUCGCGACUCCAAAUUGGGAUCUGUCAAUAUUGUGGACGAUAGUCGUUCACGCGUCGCCUCUUCCAGCGAAAAUGAUACUAUAACAUCACCUGGAACCUCUUCUCGUGGUGGUGUAAAGUCUCAUCGCAAUCGAGCCUCUUCAGUGAGUUCAAAUAGCACCAUCGGAGAUAUGAGUCUUACUUCCAUGUACUCCAAAACAGACACUGAAAGUGGGAUUACGCCUGUGAAUACAUCAAACAAUGCUUCUUCAUUUAAUUCAUCAGAUCAAGUUGUCAAAAAGCCCAGUCCAGUUAAACCAAGUAGAGCACCUGUUAAUAAAGAUAAUGAUUCUUGUUGGUCAAGAGUUGCUCCACCUCCGCCUCCAGUCAGGGUUUCAAGCAUCCGUAAAACAAAUGGCUCUUCCAGUAAAUAUACUUUUAAUAGUAACAAUAACGACAACAAUAGUUACAGUAAUAGUGAGCAUCAGCGUCCAAAAUCAUUAGAAUUAGGUCGUGGAUCAACAGCAAUUAGUUCAAAUCAAACUGCAAAUGACUUUGGCUUUACCUCAAUUAAUGUAAUCUCCAACCCACCUGAUUCAUCAAGAUCUCAAUCACGAUCAUCAACACCUUCCAUCAGAAAUCAUUCUGAGUCGGAACAAAGUGAUAAACUUGGUGAACGUGUUCGCUCAAAAACGUGCAUCGGCUCAACUGAUUAUCCCUCUCUUUGUAAUGUAACAUCAUCAUCAUCAGCUUCAUCAUCAUCUGACGUCUGUGAUCAGCAUAGUUCAAAUGGUACUAGUUCCAAUGGAAGUAUAGGUACCAAUGAUGUGGACAAACAAUCAUCAAACCGAGAGAAGCAAUCAGCAUCUAAAAAAGAGAAAAGUAAAAAGAAAUUAUUCGGUAGCUACAAGCCGUUCAAGAUUAAAGAAAUUUUCUCGUUUGGAACUUUGAAUAAAAAGUCUAAAAUCACACCAGUUAUAUGUAAAGACAGGGAAGGGUUCAUGGCUUAUGAAUCAAUUUCAACAGACCCUAAAGGUGAAUCUGAUGUUAGAUGUCCAAGUAGACGAUCAUCUGGGUGUGAAAGUGUUCCAGGUUGUACUUCCAGAUCAAUCAAUGGCCUAAGCACAGACAAUUUGUACAAACCUCAAUCAAUUGAGAAAAAUUUGGCAACAUUGAAAAAAGUUGAUUCCAAUCCUUAUCUACCUAAACCAAUCACUGAUCAAGUUUUCUUUCAAAGUUUACUUCGCUCUGAUUUUCGAUCAAAAAGCGAAGAAGAAAUUGAAAAUGAUAAAAACCGAACCUACUCGAACAAAAUGGAACCAUCAUUUCCAUCAAAAAACGAAUCAAAUUUACCUCAAAAUCUUGUAAAGCCCAAAAAAGUUACAAAUUUUAAUCUACCUCAAAUGAAAGCACCAGAGGGUGAAAGAAACGAAAAUGAAUCACAAGAAUCUGAUUCUAAUCAAAAGCGACCGAGUACAUUGAUUCUUCCAUACAAAAUUAAACAACAACAAGUUAAAGUGGAAUUAGAUUCUAAUGGUCGAGUUUUGUAUCCAUCCAAUUCUCUCGGACGACGUCGAGAUGAUCACCCAAUGGCCUAUUUAGAGCGAGCAAAAAAAUUAGAAGCUGAAAACAAAAAAUGGUCCACUUUGCCUAGACCUUCCGUUGAAGAUGCGUGUCUUAUCAGUCCGCGAGCAGCAACCGUAAACACUGUGUCAUCUAAAAAUCGAUCAAUUGUAUCACAUGACCGUACAAAUAAUAAUCGACCUUCCCAACCAACAAAUUCAGCAGCCAAUGCAUCAUUAACUGAAUCUUUGGAUGGCAAAGAGAAUGAAAAUUCCCAAUCAAAGCUGCAACAAGAUUGUUCACCACCAAAAUUAGUAGCACCAAGUCCAUUAUCAUCAACACCUUAUCGACCACUUGCUAACAUUCAAGUAGAAGCACCAAACUCUGAGACGCCAUCAACUGUUGUCACAGGUCGAGUGGGUCCACCAACUUUUCCAAAACCUCGUUUCAACAUGAAUAGACAUAGUUUCUCAGGUCUUGGGUCAAUUGAACGUCGUGCUCAAGACGCUCUCAAUGUAAAUAUUAGUCCUGUUGAUCCUGCACUUCAAUCUGAUUUGCCUUCACCCAUUGGUACUCUGCUUAGUUCUGGUUCAGUUAGAAGUAAACUAUCAACAAGUGAUUUGAUUUCAAUGAUUUAUGACUCCAAACGAAAACUAGAGAAACGAUCGGCAGAAACUCCGUCUCCAAUUACAUCCCCCCAAAGUGAACCAUUACCUUCACCACCAAACCUCCUCUCACCUAAUCAAAGGCGAAGCUGGUCAUUUACUAAAGAAAUGACAAAUGGAUUUGAUGUUACUGUACCAGGAUGUCGUCGAAGUUUAGCUUCUGAUCGAUUAGGACCAGUAAAACCCACAUCUAUUCAUGAUUUCAAAAAACUCAUUGCUGCCGCUCGUCCAGUUGGAUCCACUCAAAAGUCAACAGUAUCGGCAAAAGAUUUGCUUCAAGCCAGCCCAAUAUCAACCAUAUCAUCGGUUAAUUCAAGACCAUCAACGCCAUUAACAUCAAUGACCAAUCAUCUUCUCAACGAAAUGUCACAAUCAGCUCGACCAUCAUUAACUUCAACAAUACCAUCAUCAACAACUUCAUCUUUGUCAUUAUCUAUUUCACCCUCAUCAUUACCCUCACCACCAUCAUCAACAUCUUCAUCUUCACUGGCCUCACCUCAAUCUCCACCUUCAUUGUCACCCUCAACCGGUCAACUUUCAUCUCAUCUCAAAGCACCAACUGCUCUUCGUGACUCGCGCACAAGAAUAAUCAAUGGACGCAUCUAUCGUAGUCCGUAUAGACUUGAAGUAAUGUGUCCACCAAUCGAAGAGGAUGCCGUCCAAGAAGAGUCAAUAGUAAAUAAUUAUUCUGUCCCAACAGAAUUGAAAAAAGGUUCAACAUCGAACUCAUUUGAAAACGAGAAUAACUAUCGAAAGGGAUUAUCGUUCAUUGGAUCAAAAGAAAUGGAGAAACAUUUAAUCUCAGCUGGAAUGUACAAUAAUCCAUCACUGCUAAAACAAUCACCGUCCUCACCAUCUCCAAGUAAAGCCACAUCAACAUGGGUUUAAUAUCUUUAGCAAUAAAAUAAUCUCCAAAUCAGCUUCUUCUGGUCAAUUGAAUGUUUUCAUACAAAAUCAUUUUGAAUUAAGUUCGUAAAGUUAAUUCUUCCGCUUUUGAUGAUUUAAGCAUCAAAUUAGCUGCUGGAGGAAUUAAACUUAACGCUCUUUGCUUGAUUAAAAACUCAGAUUUAUGCAAUCAGAUAGUAAAAUUACCCUGUGCUAACAGUUUUAACAUUGAACCAAGAAAUAGAAGCAUUCCUUUCGUUAAUCAUACGAAAGUGAAAUUGUUGUGUUAAAGUGUUAUUUAAUAAAAUGUUAAAUAAACGACGAUAUAAAAUGUACGUGAUUGCAAAAACGGAGAUUGAAUGGAGACAUUGAAUUGAGGUGAACGAAAAGAAGGGCUAAAAGAAAUCGAAAGAGAUUUUGAUAUUCACCAGGAGAUCUUAUUGCUAAAUUAAAGUUGGAAAAUCCAGUUUGGAACUGAAUUCCCAUUUCUCGCCAGGCUGAGAUGUAAAUAAUUGACAAAGCCAUGGUCAAUUGAAAUCUGGUCAUUGAAUAUAACACCAAUUUUAUUUAUACAAUUAACUGAUACCACAAGAUUCUUAGUGUUGUCAAUUAAUUGCAAACAAAUCAUUGUUUUUUGAACAAAUUGGCAUUUAUCACCUAAAUUCCCAUUCUAUCUAAUUUGUAUUCAUAACUAAAAAAUGCGUUCUUAUGAUGAAUAAAUUUAAAGAUUUUUUCCACA